AUGUCUACCUUAUCGAAACCAAUCCCUCCAUUAUAUACCGUCUAUAUAUUACGUUCGACCGUCCGCAAUGCCUCGUUAUAUAUUGGCUCGACUCCUAAUCCACCACGGCGGCUUAAGCAACACAACGGUGAUGUCAAAGGUGGCGCCGCACGCACAGCGAAGAGCAAGCUGAGGCCGUGGGAGAUGGUCGGUCUCGUAUCAGGAUUCCCUGGAAUGGUAGCUGCCUUGAAAUUUGAAUGGGCUCUUACAAAUCCUCACGUAUCACUACAUAUUCCAUCUACAUCUCGGAUAUCUGCUGCAGCGGGCAGGAAGCGGAAUGGCCAUCCUAAGCGUCCACGGCAUACCCUAACAUCUAUACUAUCGAACCUGCAUCUUCUCCUACGUGUUCCUAGUUUCUCAAGAUGGCCUCUAAAUUUACACUUCUUCGUACCUGAGGUUCACGAGGCAUGGAAUAAAUGGUGUACUACGGUAGAUGAGCCUCUUCGGGAUACAAUUCAGGUGUUAACCGAUUUCAACCCGGCGAGAACGAAUCAGGGAGAUAGUGAGAGUUCUGACACUGAGAAUGAGGUAGAACAGCUUUGGGGCAUCCAUGCUCUGCCGCUCGACUACGCUCCGAUGAAAACUUAUGUAAUGAAGACACAGUCUAUAUAUGACUUUGAGAGGGAAGGUGACUGCAUAGUCUGUCAAGAGCAACUUGAUCCAGGCAAGGGCCUCUAUGCAACAUGCUCAAAUAUAGAUUGCGAGGGUACCGGGCACAUAUCAUGCUGGAGUAGACACCUACUUGGAAAAGAAGCCGACGAAGACAUCAUACCAAUAUCUGGACGAUGUCCAAGAUGCAAAGGGGAAGUAGUAUGGGGUGAUCUCAUGAAGGAGAUGAGCUUGAGGAUAAGAGGGCCUAAGGAGGUUGAGAAGCUGCUUAAGAAACCUAGAAAACGAAAGACACAAGCUGAGUCUAAUAUAUAA